GCUUAACUCGCAAUCUUUGACAAAGGUCAGUGUUUUAGCCCCCCAUAGUGAAGUGCAUCCUUUGAAGUGAGAACCAAUAGCAUGGCUUCUGCUGCUGCCUCCAGUCUUUCAGUUUACACGAAGCUCUUCAACAAACACAGCUGUGGGUCCGCCAUCCCCGGUUUUUCGAGUAUUAGAACUACUUCUUAUUAUGCUGGAACUGUCCACUGGAGAUCGACCCUGCACCUCAAGGGUACUCAACGUUUGCCGAUCAGCAAUACUAGGUCGAUCUUCAAGUGUGUCCAUCAAACAUCCGAGCCAUCAGUCAGCAUUGAUUCACUCCCAAGCAAUGAUAUUUCUAAAGAGAGAGUGCUUGUGUUGGUCAUUGGGGAAGGAGCGAGGGAACACGCACUUUGCUUUGCCUUGCGACAAUCUCCAUCAUGUGAGGCAGUCUUAUGUGCACCUGGAAAUGCGGGCAUUUCAAGCUCAAGAGAUGCCACUUGCAUUUCAGACCUUGAUAUUCUUGAUAGCUCGGCCGUAAUUUCCUUCUGCCGCAAGCGGGGAGUUGGACUUGUCGUAGUUGGACCAGAGGCGCCUCUUGUUCUGGGGCUCGCAGAUGACCUAGUUAAGGCUGGAAUUCCUGCCUUUGGCCCUUCAUCUGAAGCUGCUGUUUUGGAGGGUUCUAAAAACUUCAUGAAGAACUUAUGUGAUAAGUACAACAUCCCCACAGCCAAGUAUAAAACAUUCACGGAUCCAUCUGCAGCAAAGAAGUACAUCAAAGAGGAGGGGACUCCUAUUGUUAUAAAAGCGGAUGGACUGGCUGAUGGGAAGGGAGUUAUUAUUGCCAUGACCCUAGAGGAGGCAUAUGAAGCUGUUGACUCGAUGCUUGUGAAGGGAAUUUUUGGUUCUGCUGGGAGCAAAAUCGUUAUCGAGGAGUUCUUGGAAGGAGAGGAAGCUUCUUUCCAUGCGCUGGUAGAUGGAGAUAAUGCAGUUGCUCUAGAAUCUGCGCAAGACCAUAAACAAGUAGGGGAUGGUGAUAUAGGACCUAAUACUGGCGGAAUGGGUGCAUACUCUCCAGCACCAAUCUUGACCCCAGAAUUGCAGUCUUUGGUUAUGAAGUCUAUCAUUUUCCCUACUGUCAAAGGGAUGGCAGCAGAGGGCUGCAAGUUUGUUGGUGUUCUCUAUGCCGGGCUCAUGAUAGAGAAGAAGUCUGGGUUGCCAAAGUUGAUUGAGUACAAUGUGCGCUUUGGGGAUCCGGAGUGCCAGGUAUUGAUGGCUCGGUUGGAAUCGGAUUUGGUACAAGCAAUGCUGGCAGCUUGUAGGGGAGAUGUGACUGGUGUGAAGCUUAGGUGGUCCCCUGAAUCCGCCAUGGUGGUGGUCAUGGCAAGUAAGGGCUAUCCAGGGGCUUAUGAUAAGGGAAGUGUGAUAUGGAAUCUUGAAGAAGCAGAAGUUGUUGCUCCAUCUGUUAAGAUACUCCAUGCGGGAACAGCGUUUGACUCGGAUGGCAAUAUAGUUGCAACUGGAGGUCGUGUUCUCGGAGUCACUGCCAAGGGGAAAAAUUUGGAAGAAGCACAUAAAAGAGCUUACCAAGCAAUUGAAGCCAUCAACUGGCAGGGAGGGUUCUGCCGUCGAGACAUUGGGUGGAGAGCACUUGCAAACCAAGGUUGAGAUACCACGUUGGGUGGUACAUUAGUUCUAUUUAUGGGGUAUCAUUUGGAGUCGAUAACGAGUUUGAAGAGAUGUCUAAAAAUUUAAUCCCGUGCUUAACCUUCUACGUCAGAAUUCCGUUUUUCCUUUCUUUGUUCUCUUUUUUUUGGUCCUUUUUUUCCAAACUUAAAUUAGUUUUAUGCAUUAUGCUGCCGAUUUGAAAUGGGACAUGCUCCGUUGCUUCCGCUCUUUGAACUUUGUUACCACCUGUUGUUACGUCUUUGAAGUUUUACUAAAGUAAAUUGAUAUGGCUCUAUCCCAAUGUA